UCAGGUGAUCAACUGGUGUGUGCAGACCCGACGACUGGCCAUGGUCUCCUCUUCGUCAGUUCUUCCCAAGGUCGUCGAUGACGCGACAGAUCAGUCCACCCCUCGCCGCGCCAAGUGGUGGUACGUGACGUUCCACAACGUCACCGCCAUGGUCGGCGCCGGCGUGCUCAGCCUGCCGUACGCCAUGGCUCACCUGGGAUGGGGCCCCGGGGCGGUGGCGCUGCUGGCGUCGUGGGGGAUCACGCUCUACACGCUGUGGCUGCUGAUCCAGCUGCACGAGUGCGUCCCCGGCGUGCGGUUCGACCGGCUGCGCGACCUCGGCGCGCACGCGCUGGGCCCGCGCCUGGGGCCCUGGGUGGUCGUGCCGCAGCAGCUCAUCGUGCAGCUCGGCUGCGACAUGGUGUACAUGGUCACGGGGGGCACGUGCCUCCAGAAGUUCGCCGAGUCCGUGUGCCCCACCUGCGCGCCGCUGCACCAGUCCUACUGGAUCUGCAUCUUCGGCUCCUUCCAGUUCCUGCUCUCCCAGUUCCCAAACCUUGACUCCAUCACCGCCGUCUCCUUCCUCGCCGCCGCCAUGUCGCUCAGCUACUCGACCAUCUCGUGGGCGGCGUGCGUGGCGCGCGGGCCGGUGAGCGGGGUGAGCUACGCGUACAAGGCCGGCACGGCGGCGGACUCGACGUUCCGGGUGUUCAGCGCGCUGGGGCAGGUGGCGUUCGCGUACGCGGGGCACGGCGUGGUGCUGGAGAUCCAGGCCACCAUCCCGUCCACGCCCACCAAGCCGUCCAGGGCGCCCAUGUGGAAGGGCACCGUCGCCGCGUACCUCGUCACCGCGGCGUGCUACUUCCCCGUCGCGCUCGUCGGGUACUGGGCGUUCGGGCGCGACGUCGGCGACAACGUCCUCGUGGCGCUGCAGCGGCCGCCCUGGCUCGUCGCCGCCGCCAACAUGAUGGUCGUCAUCCAUGUCCUCGGAAGCUAUCAGGUGUAUGCGAUGCCAAUAUUCGAAACCAUGGAGACGAUUCUGAUCACGAGAUUCAGGGUGCCUCAAGGAUGGCUCCUCCGUCUCGUGGCUCGAUCGGCUUACGUCGCAUUCACGCUGUUCAUCGCGGUGACAUUCCCGUUCUUCGGCGACCUCCUCGGCUUCUUCGGAGGGUUUGGGUUCACGCCGACAUCCUACUUCCUCCCCUGCAUUCUAUGGCUGAAGAUCAAGAAGCCACCGAGGUUCAGCGCGUCCUGGCUCGCCAACUGGGGCUGCAUCGUCGUUGGAGUCCUGCUGAUGCUCGCGUCCACCAUCGGCGGGCUACGGAGCAUCAUCCAGGACGCGUCGACGUUCCAGUUCUACUCCUGAACCCCGACGCCUGCGCUCUGCCGGAACCGGGAUGCAGAGGGCGACGCAACAAGCUGAAGCUCGCCAAGGCGUUAAGUUUCUACAGAUGAUGAUACCAGAUCGUUGUCCUCAUCUUGCUUCAACCGUCACGGCGUGGCCGAAAAAUAUGGCACAAAUGAAUCGGCGUGUGGUUCAGCGACGGGGCUUUUUUUACUGUGCUCUGAAUUUAAAUAAACUGUUGCAACAUCUGCAAGGUGUAACUGAAGCAUGCAGAUGAGACGAAUAAUGUAAGCUAAAGUGAAAUGCGAGUCCCAUACGCCAUGGACCUAUCCUUAAUUCGGCAGUGAAAUUAUCUA